AUGGAUGUUAUAAGGUGGAAAAACAUUUGUCCCGGAGGAAAACAAGCUCUAAUAUGUUUUUCUAUUUCGGCGCUUAUAUUUACAAUAUCAUUUUUCUCUGGAAGUGUGCUCGGUUUCUCUUCUGAAUUAUGGGCACUAACAUACUGGGGCCCAGCGCUAUAUUUCUGCCUAUUUAACUUUGUUUUAAGAUAUUGUUUUAAGGGUUUCACAUACGAGGUUUCUGUCAGGUCAGCGUUCCUUGGCGCAGUGUUUUCUUUAGGACUUUACCUUACUACUUUUGACAAUGGCUGGAAAGUGUUUGGCCUAUAUACCAUGAUAUUAUCUUUUUUCCACUUCUCCGAGUUCAUGGCUGUUGCUUUGACGAACCCAAGAACUCUGACAACAGACUCAUUUGUGUUGAACCAUAGUAUGCAGUAUGGGAUUGCAGCAGUCAGCAGUUGGAUUGAGUGGGCUGUGGAGUACUACUUUUUCCCCAGUAUGAAGACUUACUUCUUUAUAUCAGUUAUUGGAGUUGUGAUGUGCAUUACGGGAGAAGUUGUAAGAAAGGCGGCCAUGUUUACUGCUAGAACUAACUUUAAUCAUACCGUGCAAUUUGUGAAGCGUCCAGACCACCAACUGGUGACACAUGGCGUCUAUUCCAUCUGUCGGCAUCCCAGCUACGUUGGCUGGUUUUACUGGUCUAUUGGUACACAGAUAACCCUGUUAAAUCCAGUUUGCAUCAUCGUAUAUGCGUUAGCAUCAUGGACCUUCUUCCGGGAAAGAGUGUAUGCAGAAGAGUUGACACUACUCACAUUCUUUGGGCCUCAGUACGUGGUAUACCAGAAGCAAGUGGGCACUGGUCUGCCGUACAUCACGGGUUAUAUUCCAGAGAAUACUGGCCAAAGAGUCAAAGACGAUCAUUGGAGUUAUUGA